UUGUCAUUUGGCAUCGGCCUGGCGUUCGUGGACAAAGACAUAUUCACGGACGCACAGGCUGAGCAGCCAGAUGUUUCUCUUCUUGGUAUGCGGUACUCAGGGCAAUCUUGGCAUGACUCACCUCAGCUACAAUCCACUCAAUCCAACUCUCCAUUAGCUCUUGACGCUUCGGUCACCAGGGCCGCUCAAGCAAUGCAAAUCAAGGCAGCAACGUUGGUCAGUACAAUGAGAAUUCAGCCUGUAAGGCUGGCUGGGAGAACUUCCUUCCAUUCAGGGCAUUUGCAACAGACCAGAAAAUCGACUAUGGAGACAAGGACACCAGUACACAAACUAUACUACAACAAUGACGAUGAUGAUCCCGGACUUGAACAGGUUCGCCAGGGGUAUCCCAUUGACGAGAGUGCUUCUCGCAGCGAGGGCACAGCACCUGACCACGUGGCCAAUGCUGCAGCUGGUCUAAGCACACGAGGCAUCUCCGCACCAUCCGGCAAACCAGUCGCAGAAGAUUUCAAGGUUACAGAAUUAGGCUUUGUAGACAAAAAAGACACACAUCAGCGCAUUCUUAUGAGUAAAGCUCUUCCACUAAAUGAACCCAUGGGGCCACUCCUUCUGGAAAAUGAGAGCGCACUGGAGAAGUCAGAUGAGAUUGAGCUUGAAGGGAACGAGAGCAGCCUUGUUUUUGAUGCAAAUAUCUCUGAAGAUAAUGCCUCCAAUGAGACAAUUGAUGCAGUGCGUGCACGUACCAUUGGCUUGAAUGAGACAGCAAGUGAUGACGAGAGUGUCGACAACAGUUCAGAAUUGAAUGCGUCAAUCACAGACAAGUCAGCGAAGCAGAGUGUUUCUGGCAAUGAUUCUCUUGCACUGAACGUCUCAGAAGGGCCACUGCUUCUGGAAAAUGAGAGCGCACUGGAGAAGUCAGAUGAGAUUGAGCUUGAAGAGAACGAGAGCAGCCUUGUUUUUGAUGCAAAUAUCUCUGAAGAUAAUGCCUCCAAUGAGAUAAUUGAUGCAGUGCGUGCACGUACCAUUGGCUUGAAUGAGACAGCAAGUGAUGACGAGAGUGUCGACAACAGUUCAGAAUUGAAUGCGUCAAUCACAGACAAGUCAGCGAAGCAGAGUGUUUCUGGCAAUGAUUCUCUUGCACUGAAUGUCUCAGAAGGGCCACUGCUUCUGGAAAAUGAGAGCGCACUUGAGAAGUCAGAUGAGAUUGAGCUUGAAGGGAACGAGAGCAGCCUUGUUUUUGAUGCAAAUAUCUCUGAAGAUAAUGCCUCCAAUGAGACAAUUGAUGCAGUGCGUGCACGUACCAUUGGCUUGAAUGAGACAGCAAGUGAUGACGAGAGUGUCGAUAACAGUUCAGACUUGAAUGCGUCAAUCACAGACAAGUCAGCAAAGCAGAGUGUUUCUGGCAAUGAUUCUCUUGCACUGAACGUCUCAGACGGGCCACUGCUUCUGGAAAAUGAGAGCGCACUGGAGAAGUCAGAUGAGAUUGAGCUUGAAGAGAACGAGAGCAGCCUUGUUUUUGAUGCAAAUAUCUCUGAAGAUAAUGCCUCCAAUGAGACAAUUGAUGCAGUGCGUGCACGUACCAUUGGCUUGAAUGAGACAGCAAGUGAUGACGAGAGUGUCGACAACAGUUCAGAAUUGAAUGUUACAAUCACAGACAAGUCAGCGAAGCAGAGUGUUUCUGGCAAUGAUUCUCUUGCACUGAACGUCUCAGACGGGCCACUGCUUCUGGAAAAUGAGAGCGCACUGGAGAAGUCAGAUGAGAUUGAGCUUGAAGAGAACGAGAGCAGCCUUGUUUUUGAUGCAAAUAUCUCUGAAGAUAAUGCCUCCAAUGAGACAAUUGAUGCAGUGCGUGCACGUACCAUUGGCUUGAAUGAGACAGCAAGUGAUGACGAGAGUGUCGAUAACAGUUCAGAAUUGAAUGCGUCAAUCACAGACAAGUCAGCGAAGCAGAGUGUUUCUGGCAAUGAUUCUCUUGCACUGAACGUCUCAGAAGGGCCACUGCUUCUGGAAAAUGAGAGCGCACUUGAGAAGUCAGAUGAGAUUGAGCUUGAAGGGAACGAGAGCAGCCUUGUUUUUGAUGCAAAUAUCUCUGAAGAUAAUGCCUCCAAUGAGACAAUUGAUGCAGAGCGUGCACGUACCAUUGGCUUGAAUGAGACAGCAAGUGAUGACGAGAGUGUCGACAACAGUUCAGAAUUGAAUGCGUCAAUCACAGACAAGUCAGAUAAGUCAGCGAAGCAGAGUGUUUCUGGCAAUGAUUCUCUUGCACUGAACGUCUCAGACGGGCCACUGCUUCUGGAAAAUGAGAGCGCACUGGAGAAGUCAGAUGAGAUUGAGCUUGAAGAGAACGAGAGCAGCCUUGUUUUUGAUGCAAAUAUCUCUGAAGAUAAUGCCUCCAAUGAGACAAUUGAUGCAGUGCGUGCACGUAUCAUUGGCUUGAAUGAGACAGCAAGUGAUGACGAGAGUGUCGACAACAGUUCAGAAUUGAAUGCGUCAAUCACAGACAAGUCAGCGAAGCAAAGUGUUUCUGGCAAUUCUUUUGCAUUAAACGUCUCAGAAGGGCCACUGCUCUUGGAAAAUGAGAGCGCACUGGAGAAGUCAGAUGAGAUUGAGCUUGAAGAGAACGAGAGCAGCCUUGUUUUUGAUACAAAUAGCUCUGAAGACAAUGCAUCCAACGAGACAGUUGAUGCGGUGGGUGCAGGUACAAUUGGCUUGAAUGGCUUGAAUGAGACAGCAAAUGAUGCCGGAAGUGUCGACAACAGUUCAGAAUUGAAUGCUUCAGUUGCUGACAAGUCUGACAAUUCGAGUUUGUGGGAGAUGCUCGAUGAAAACGAAAAUCAGAGUGUUUCUGCCAAUGGCUCUCUUGCACUGAACAUCUCAGAAGGGCCACUGCUCUUGGAAAAUGAGAGCGCAUCGGAAAAGUCAGAUGAGAUUGAGCUUGAAGAGAACGAGAGCAGCCUUGUUUUUGAUGCAAAUAUCUCUGAAGACAAUGCAUCCAACGAGACAGUUGAUGCGGUGGGUGCAAGUACAGUUGGCUUGAAUGAGACAGCAAAUGAUGCCGGAAGUGUCGACAACAGUUUAGAAUUGAAUGCUUCAGUUGCAGACAAGUCUGACAAUUCGAGUUUGCGGGAGAUGCUCGAUGAAAACGAAAACCAGAGUGUUUCUGCCAAUGGUUCUCUUGCACUGAACGUCUCAGAAGGGCCACUGCUCUUGGAAAAUGAGAGCGCACCGGAAAAGUCAGAUGAGAUUGAGCUUGAAGAGAACGAGAGCAGCCUUGUUUUUGAUGCAAAUAUCUCUGAAGACAAUGCAUCCAACGAGACAGUUGAUGCGGUGGGUGCAGGUACAAUCGGCUUGAAUGAGACAGCAAAUGAUGCCGGAAGUGUCGACAACAGUUCAGAAUUGAAUGCUUCAGUUGCUGACAAGUCUGACAAUUCGAGUUUGUGGGAGAUGCUCGAUGAAAACGAAAAUCAGAGUGUUUCUGCCAAUGGUUCUCUUGCACUGAACGUCUCAGAAGGGCCACUGCUCUUGGAAAAUGAGAGCGCACCGGAAAUGUCAGAUGAGAUUGAGCUAGAAGAGAACGAGAGCAGCCUUGUUUUUGAUGCAAAUAUCUCUGAAGACAAUGCAUCCAACGAGACAGUUGAUGCGGUGGGUGCAGGUACAAUCGGCUUGAAUGAGACAGCAAAUGAUGCCGAGAGUGUCGACAACAGUUCAGAAUUGAAUGCUUCAGUUGCUGACAGGUCUGACAAUUCGAGCUUGUGGGAGAUGCUCGAUAAAAACGAAAACCAGAGUGUUUCUGCCAAUAGUUCUCUUGCACUGAACGUCUCAGAAGGGCCACUGCUCUUGGAAAAUGAGAGCGCAUCGGAAAAGUCAGAUGAGAUUGAGCUUGAAGAGAACGAGAGCAGCCUUGUUUUUGAUGCAAAUAUCUCUGAAGACAAUGCAUCCAACGAGACAGUUGAUGCGGUGGGUGCAGGUACAAUCGGCUUGAAUGAGACGGCAAAUGAUGCCGGAAGUGUCGACAACAGUUCAGAAUUGAAUGCUUCAGUUGCUGACAAGUCUGACAAUUCGAGUUUGUGGGAGAUGCUCGAUGAAAACGAAAACCAGAGUGUUUCUGCCAAUGGUUCUCUUGCACUGAACGUCUCAGGAGGGCCACUGCUCUUGGAAAAUGAGAGCGCAUCGGAAAAGUCAGAUGAGACUGAGCUUGAAGAGAACGAGAGCAGCCUUGUUUUUGAUGCAAAUAUCUCUGAAGACAAUGCAUCCAAUGAGACAGUUGAUGCGGUGGGUGCAGGUACAAUCGGCUUGAAUGAGACAGCAAAUGAUGCCGAGAGUGUCGACAACAGUUCAGAAUUGAAUGCUUCAGUUGCUGACAAGUCUGACAAUUCGAGUUUGUGGGAGAUGCUCGAUGAAAACGAAAACCAGAGUGUUUCUGCCAAUGGUUCUCUUGCACUGAACGUCUCAGAAGGGCCACUGCUCUUGGAAAAUGAGAGCGCAUCGGAAAAGUCAGAUGAGACUGAGCUUGAAGAGAACGAGAGCAGCCUUGUUUUUGAUGCAAAUAUCUCUGAAGACAAUGCAUCCAACGAGACAGUUGAUGCGGUGGGUGCAGGUACAAUCGGCUUGAAUGAGACAGCAAAUGAUGCUGGAAGUGUCGACAACAGUUCGGAAUUGAAUGCUUCAGUUGCUGACAAGUCUGACAAUUCGAGUUUGUGGGAGAUGCUCGAUGAAAACGAAAAUCAGAGUGUUUCUGCCAAUGGUUCUCUUGCACUGAACGUCUCAGAAGGGCCACUGCUCUUGGAAAAUGAGAGCGCACCGGAAAUGUCAGAUGAGAUUGAGCUAGAAGAGAACGAGAGCAGCCUUGUUUUUGAUGCAAAUAUCUCUGAAGACAAUGCAUCCAACGAGACAGUUGAUGCGGUGGGUGCAGGUACAAUCGGCUUGAAUGAGACAGCAAAUGAUGCCGAGAGUGUCGACAACAGUUUAGAAUUGAAUGCUUCAGUUGCUGACAAGUCUGACAAUUCGAGUUUGUGGGAGAUGCUCGAUGAAAACGAAAAUCAGAGUGUUUCUGCCAAUGGUUCUCUUGCACUGAACGUCUCAGAAGGGCCACUGCUCUUGGAAAAUGAGAGCGCAUCGGAAAAGUCAGAUGAGAUUGAGCUAGAAGAGAACGAGAGCAGCAGCUUUGUUUUUGAUGCAAAUAUCUCUGAAGACAAUGCAUCCAACGAGACAGUUGAUGCGGUGGGUGCAGGUACAAUUGGCUUGAAUGAGACAGCAAAUGAUGCCGAGAGUGUCGACAACAGUUCGGAAUUGAAUGCUUCAGUUGCUGACAAGUCUGACAAUUCGAGUUUGUGGGAGAUGCUCGAUGAAAACGAAAACCAGAGUGUUUCUGCCAAUGGUUCUCUUGCACUGAACGCCUCAGAAGGGCCAUUGCUCUUGGAAAAUGAGACCGCAUCGGAAAAGUCAGAUGAGAUUGAGCUUGAAGAGAAUCAGAGCAGCCUUGUUUUUGAUGCAAAUAUCUCUGAAGACAAUGCCUCCAAUGAGACACAGGUGGAGUGGCCUUCUCUUUCUGGAUUGAACAGUUCGGCCAACAUCAGUGGAGAAGUCUUUGUUUUUGGAACUUUGACUUUGGGUCUUUCAAUUUCUGCUGACUUCGGCCUCUCCCUUUCGGACCUUGCACAAGAGGAGGGUGUCCGUUCUUUGCUCAUUGCAGCUAUCAGCAGAAGUGGAGGUGUGGAAGCCAAACAUGUUGACAUCCUUCGCGUGGAUAUCGUGGCGUUACCCAGACGAUUGGGUGCUGGCCGGCGACUAGCUACCCAAAGGAUAGAGGUAUCCGUCGACUUUGGCGUGCGGGUGCCCGAUGCAACACCAGGAGACACCUCGUCUGCAGAUGACGUGGCAGCUGCCUUGGCCAGAGGUCCACCUGAAUCGCUGCUUUCUGAGCUUCCUUGGGCACAAGCCUUCCAGGUGGAGGAGGUGACCGUACAGACCGCCAACGUGUCAAAUCCCAGAGUUAUCGUCUUUUCCUCUACUUCAAGGCAAAGCAGUGAUUUCUUGGCCUCUUCAACGACAAGCUCCGCAAUGCAGGUACAAACCAGCAGCUCUACAUCCACGUUGUUUUCUUCAAGCACCAACUUGGAAGACAGUGAUAUAGGUGAUAACUUUACGGCAGUCAGCAUUCUGGAGACACCUAUGCAAUGCCAGUUGUCGCUGCGAUUCUUGCCCUUGGCCUUUGGUGCCUUGGCAGCUUUGUCAGCAGGCCUAGCUUUGCGCACUUCCGUUUCGAUCCUAUCAGAUCCACAUCGUCUACUGUGCGAACUUCCCUGGCUGCGCAAGCGCCAUCAGUGGCUGCUUGCCAGAAGCAAGCAAAGCGGCCAUGCGCCGCUGCUGGGCCGCCAGUCCGUGUUGCCAUGGCUCCCAUCCAUUUGUCAUUGGACUUGCGCCAAAUCUUGCUUGACUAGUGACCAGACCAGGUCCUCGUGCAACCGGUGGCAGGUUUGCCAGCACGGCCACCUGUUGGUGAUGCAGCCGAUCUCGGCGCGCGGCAAAGAGAAUGGAGAAGCAAUCACCCUGGUGGCUUCUGCUUGGAACCAGUGGGGAGAAGCUAGCGACUCCCUUCGGUUGCGAUAUGCGGCUCCAACGCGUCUGACUGUGCGACGUGCUCCUGACCCAGAGUUGCCUUCGUGGAGUGAAGCAAGUCCCAAGGAAGAGUGCUGCGAGCUCAAGCUCGAUAUGAGGCCUUUGAGUUCGCGACUCCUUCAAGGCCUCGUGCUGCUCGAGGGAGCUGCUGCUGCAAGUGUGACGAUUGGAUCUUCUGCUGCAGCAGCCCUGCUUGGUAUAGCUGUGCUUUUGGGUUUCCUCGCGAGCAAUUUGCCAAUAAAAAGAUGCCGCCUCACCGUGGCUACGUUGCCUUGGGUCUUUUGCUCUGUGGCCCUGGGUUCAGGGCCGUUUUGCCCAGAGGCGUCUCCAGGUCUUCGUUGGCUAUCACCUGUCGGUGCAACUAUUGGUAUGAUGGGCAGCCUGGCCACUUUCUCCAGCCAUCUCUUUGAGUCUGACCGUUUUGGCUUCUUCUUGACUCAUGCUGCAUCAACAUUGAGUGGCAUUGCUUGCAUGGCGCUGGCGAUUGUGCAGAUACGCAUUCGAAAGUCAGAGGCGAAUUUCGUGAAAACGGACUGGUGGGAUUUGCCAACUCUGCCAGAUGUGGAAAUUGUGUUUGCUGGACAGCUGGCUGCUCUUUUGUUUCUUGUGGCCCUCUCACUACUUCGCGUAGUGCUUGCAGUGUCAGUUCAUCCGUUCGCCCAGCCUUUGCGCGCACCUCAUUUGGCCAAGACUUUGCUUGAGAGGCAACAAAGCACGCGCGACUUCGGUGGAGAGGCGCUGCCAAAGGUGCCGCUCUUCUCACCGCCUCGUAGUGCAGCGCGCAGUGGAGUGCGCCAGGCAGCUCUGAGCCGCAGCACAGGUCAUUUAGGCGAGCAAGAGCCAGAGUCAGAAGAGCAGGAUAUUGAUGCAGCAAACAGCGAAAGCAGUGAUGGUCUUUGUGCAGGGGUCCUCCAGGUUUUGCUCGAAGCAGCUGACUGGCCAGCUAGUCAUUGCUUGACUCCACAUCGAGUGCGCAGCGGAGCACCGCUGAUCCACUGGAAGCUGGUACCACGCUCUUCCGGGCACCAGGACAGAGGUCGCAUGAACUUCAACCCUCCUUUGCGGGAGUUGGCAAGCUCAAGCUCAAGAGCUGCAGAGCCAGCUGAGGGUCAGGAAGAAAAGGAGGAAGAAAAGGAAACACAUGCAAAAGAACAAGAACGGUCUGAACAGGAGGAGAUUGUUGACACAGCAGAGGACAGCUGCAGAGCGGGAGUCUCUGCAGAUCCCCUGAGCUUGGACAGCGCAGCGGCUGCAUCGACACAGGAGCAAUUGAAGAUAGAUGACACUGGCCUUGCAGGUGACGAGAUGCAAGGUGACCAGGAAAGCGUCAAGAGUCAACUGAGUGUUCAAGACGUUCAAGAAGUACAGACGAAGUUGGGGGAUGGAACGAAGCAUUGCCCAGCCAGAGGGAGUCAUGAGGUUGCAAGCGUCACAGCGAGUUGCCAGAGUGGUGAGAGUGACUAAGAGAAAGCAGCAGUCCCACGUUCUGUAGAUAUGCAAGAGGAGUGUUAGUUCAGCUUAGUUCUCGUGCUU